AUGCAUGAGAUCAUCACCCUACAGUUGGGCAAUCUCAGUAACUACACUGCCACCCACUUCUGGAACGCACAAGAGUCCUACUUCACGUAUGCUGGGGAAGAAGAGCCAUUGGUGGAUCACGAUGUUCACUGGAGAGUAGGCAUAGGAGCAGAUGGCGUCGAAACGUUCCUCCCUCGAACUGUACUUUACGACCUCAAGGGCGGUUUCGGCUCUUUGCGGAAAAUCAACUCACUGUACGAUGCAGGCACAGACGCGGUUGCGGCAGCCGAGUCCAUAUGGGCGUAUUUUCACCCAAGGUCGCUCGUGCAGCUAUAUGACUUUGAGCUAGAUUCGGCAAUACGUCCAUUUGAGAGGUUCGACAUGGGGACGGAACUGUUCACGUCACUGGACAAAGAACACGAUAUUCUCGACAGAGACUGGCGAUCCUUUAGUGAAGAGUGUGAUCUUAUGCAAGGCAUCCAGGCCUUUACUACCAUUGACGAUGCAUGGGGAGGAUUUGCGUCGUCAUAUCUGGAGGCACUGCGAGACGAGUACCCGAAAACCUGUAUCUGGGUUUGGGGCAUUCAAAGCCCGUUGCUGGAUAUCUCCAGAGAGAAGCGUCAGCUGCGCUUAUCAAACACGGCACAAAGCCUCCAGCAGGCCUCUACGCAGGCAUCUAUGGUUGUGCCUUUGGCCCUGCCCGAGAGCCAACUACGCCCACACAUAGGCUUGGAUUGCCAUUCCUCGUGGCACGUUUCAUCACUACUUGCUGCCAUUUGCGAGAGCGCCCUGAUCCCGUCCCGCCUAAAGGGAUAUCAUGGCGCCUCCCUGGCUGACACGGCGGAGACCCUCAACUCCAGCGGCAACCGGACCAUUGUUAGCGCAGUAAUGUCCAUCCCGGCAGAACAGAGUGGCGGCGUGGAUAUGGGUGACACCUUGAGCUUUUUCCAAGUCGGGCAGGAUAGCAGCAAAGUUAAGCACCGGCCAGAGCGGAUCUUUGGACAAGUCAUGUGCCAUCGUGGCCCGAACACAGAACAAACGGAGCCCGAGAGGACGGCGGACAGCAGGCGACGCCAAGUGAUUGGCAAUCCUGUGACUAGAAACCAUUUCACCGAGUUGCAAUUCCCUCUGCUGGACAGUUACCCACAUAUAUACAGAGGUGUAAUGGAUAGGCAGAGUAUACCCGUCCGCACUGUUCUCAAGACCAAUACAUCAAUUUCGACUCGACUGAAAGGCCUGAGGUCCCAAGGAACUCGACUCGUCCCAUUAGAAGAGCGUGAAGCACUGAGUCACGGCCUCGCCGAAAUUGCUGAUGCCUAUCGAGAUGGCUGGUCAAGUGGCAGUGAUGAGGACGAGGACGAGUUGUAA